AUGAGACAGUCGGCGGGCCCGCACCACAGACUUGACCAACAGCCCAUCGUUUCCACCGCACCCCUGCUGCCCGCGACAAGUGACUCUGUUGACACCCUUACUACAACAACUGGCUCCCAACACACAGUUUCAGCGGAGGUAGUCGAGGUGGAGGAGCAUGACGCCGGCUCCGAUGGCGAGUCUGGAGCAAGGGAAACGCUCAAGCUGACCGCCCGCGGUCGACCGGGCGCGCACACACCCCCGCGCAGGCGAUCCAGCGCGCGUGAUGAGACGAAGAAAGAAAUACAAGAUGACGAUGAAGCCACUCUCAGAGAGCUGCUUAUUAGUCUGCAGAAACAGGUGAGUGUUAUGAGCAUGAACCUCAGCGCCAAACUUGACGAGCUGCAGCGCGGCGACCGGCAUCUAGAAACCACGGUCGCUUUGUGUGAAAUCAGAACUCAACUCCAAGAGCUCACGAAGUCGGUGGAGUCUUGUCAAUCGGAGGUGUCGGAGGUGAAGCGGGAUAUGGUGGCGAUCAAGCACGAGCUGGACACGGUGCAGCAGGUGAAGGAGGAGAUCGAAGAGCUUCGGGAGUACGUAGACCGCCUCGAGGAACACACGCACCGCAGGAAGCUGCGUCUUCUCGAACAGGGACUGACGUUCUUCCUGUCGUACGCGAUCCUCGCGGCGGUCUUGGGGAUGUUGCAGUUUGGCUAUAACACUGGAGUAAUCAACGCACCGCAAGGUAACAUUCAGAACUUCAUGAAGGACGUCUACAAGAACAGAUACGGGGUGGACGUCAACGACGACUAUGUGAAGAAACUCUAUUCGAUAGCAGUAUCUAUAUUCGCUAUCGGAGGCAUGCUAGGGGGAUUUGGUGGUGGCAUGGUGGCGAACAAAUUCGGCAGGUAA